UUGCUGUUGUUGUGGCCUCAAAGAAGAGUAGAGAUGAAAUUAUGUCCCAAUCUUUAACCUGAGAAUUUUUCUCUAUUAUUUUUCUUUCUUUGUCUAACCUAACCCAUCUUCUUCAUCUUCAUCAUCCUCAUCAUCAUCUCCCUCUCUUUUUCAUCAUUAUUACAAGCAAGAAAAACAAAAUCUACCUGAGAAAUGGUCAAAUCUCAUUGAUGACCAAUCCUUUUGGUUGUUGUAAAGUGUUUUAUGUUAGUAGUGAAGUUAAAAUCAACCAGAAUCAACCAGAAAACCCAAAAAAAAAAUCCGUAACAAAUUGUCAUUCAUCAUAAUCUCCAAUCAGUUUAAUUUAGUUAAUCAAUCUCCAAGAAAGUGAUAACAAUUUAAUUCGGAUCAUCAUUUGUCUCCAUCUCAAAAUAAUCAUCUUGUUUUCCUUUAAUUUUGGAUAAAUCUUAUUAAAGUUUAGUGUUAAAUCAUUUGUUUUCCUGUUAAUUUGAUUGUUUUCAUUAAUUGCUGAUCACUGGUCACUCUUCAAUUGUGUAAUUAUCAUCUUCAUGAUUGUCCAAUGUUCAUCACCUUUGGUUAUUGUAAACAAAUUGUGUCCAUUUGAUUGAAAUCAUUUUGUUUUGUUAACACCAAUUGAUCACCUGAUUGUUAUAUUGAUUACAUUUUGAUUCUCUGGGUAAAUGUAACCAUUAAUUGUUACAAUUUAUAUAUUUAAUUAUAAAUCGAUUUUCUCAUCCGAGAAACAAUCAACCAACCAUCUCAAUUGACAACAACAACCAGGCGACAUUUUAAAUUGUGUAUUUUUCACAUUACAAAUCAUUCAAUUAAAAGUAAACUACAAUUAAUUAUUUUUUCUCAAUUAUAUCUGUGAGUGAAAAUUGAUUACUGAUCAAUUAGUAAGGGAAAUUUACUAAUCAUGAUCAGUGAAACGAGUUAAAAUCAAUUUUAAUUUCCCUCCAAUUCAGUGAUUGAAUUUUUGUUUUGUUUUCAUUUGUUUUCAUGUGGUAAACAUCAUGAUAAUCAAUCCUCAAGACGAGUGAUUAAUUGUUUACAAUCAUCUUGAUCAUCACAAUUUAAAUGUUUUCCAAUUGAUUUACUAAACAAUCACCAAUUGAUCCAUUGAAUUAGAUAUUAAAUUAAAUUGUCACCAAAGUGUUUAAGUGAAAAACAAAGAGCAACAAUUGACAAUCAAAAUCGAACCUUUGUUUUUUGUUAAAUUUCUUUCCUUCUUCUUCUAAUUAUUGCGAAAACAAUUUAAUUAUCAUUAAUCUACUCUAAGUUGAUGAUUUAAUGUCAACAACAAUUAGUUUAAACAACGCAGCUCGUAAAAUGGUCAACAGUAUGUACGAAAAUCAUUGCCUCAGGUGUAAUCAUGUCGUCUAUCAAGUGGACAAGAUCGGACCUUUGAAAGAUUUCACCUUCUUCCACCAAGGAUGUUUCAAGUGUGCUAAUUGUGGAACCAAAUUAACCCUAAAAACCUAUUACAACAAUCAACAAGACAAUGACGAUAAAGAGGUUUAUUGUCAAAGUCACGUACCCAAAACAGGUCCAGGUAAAUUGGACGGACUAUCGGUGGGCAUUAAACAAGCUCUGAAUAUCCCUAAACCUCAUCACCUUGUCAACGAUCAGAUUCGUGGUAGUGGUAAAGGUACAUUUGACGUUGAAGCUUUGGGCAUAAAGACAGCGAUGUCCACACCUAAACCCUACGAACCUGAACAACACCGAAACCGGGAAAACAUGGCCGGACGUUUCGAUGCCUCCGCUCUUCACAUACAACACGGUAUCAAUGCGACCAAACUGCAACGAAACUACAAGAACGGUGCCGACGAUGCCAAAAUCGAGGAGUUUCUGGAUGAAGAGACUCAACGGAAACUUGAGAUGCGACAUCGAGCUGAAGAAGAUGCUUUGUAUCGGCAAUUUGCUAAGAAAAGAGCGGAAGAGGAAGUUACCAUUAGUCAACAGAUCCAAGAGGAAUGGGAGAUAGAAUUGGAAAGGUUAACCUCACGAUUUCAACAUGAAAUUUCAAUGAAAAAGAGUCGAAAAUUUUCCACGGAUGACGAGAAAGCGAUGACACUUAAAUUACAACGAGAGAAACAAGAUCUUGAAAAAAAUAUGACCAUCAAGUUGGACCGGAAAAAGGAAUCAUUGACCCGAAAGCUUCUUGAACAGGAGAGACAAGCAACUGCCGAAUUGGUUGACAAACAAAGCAAAGAGAUGAUGAGCUUGAUUAACGAGAAGUUGGUUGAAUAUCAUCAGAAUCUUGAUCCGAUUGAUGAAAGAAGACUGAUUAAUGAAGAAAUGAAUCCAACAAUUUACCCAAGUCAAGCUCCACCGCCAUGCCCUCCAUCCAUUUCCAAGGCGGAGAUUUACACCGAUCCUAAAGUAUUUACUCAUAUUGAUGAGGUAGCCAUAAAUGUUGCCCGAGAAGAUCAACAUACUUUUACCGAUUUAGUACGAUUAUUGAUUAGUCCAUGUAACAAUGAUAUAGAGAAAGCUCGAGCCAUAUUCCGUUGGAUUACCGUUAAAAAUUUGAACACAAUGCAGUUUGACGAUAAUGUAAAUGCCGAUACGCCGAUGGGCAUUUUAAGAGGAAUUAAACAUGGAACUGAAAGUUAUCAUGUUCUAUUCAAAAGACUCUGCAGUUACGCUGGUCUUCAUUGUGUAGUCAUCAAAGGAUACUCUAAAUCAGCUGGUUAUCAACCAGGUAUACGAUUUGAAGAUAAUCGAUUCCGUAACUCUUGGAAUGCCGUUUACGUUGCCGGUGGUUGGCGUUUUGUUCAAUGUAAUUGGGGUGCUCGACAUUUAGUUAAUGCCAAAGAGGUACCAAGACCUGGUUCGGUAUCAAAAGGAGGUAAAUCGGACUCUCUUCGAUAUGAAUAUGAUGACCAUUACUUUCUCACCGAUCCAAGAGAGUUCAUCUAUGAAUUUUAUCCACUUCAACAUGAUUGGCAGCUCUUGAAACAUCCGUUAACUUUGGUUGAGUUUGAAGAGUUACCCUUUGUGAGGUCACUUUUUUUCCGUUACCAGUUAUACUUUCCCGAUGAUAAAGAAACCAAAGCAGUAUUACACACCGAUUCCUCUGGAGCGGGUAAUGUUAGAAUUGGAAUGCCAGCUCGAAUGUCCCCUUCUCUCAUCUUCCAUUAUAAUCUUAAAUUCUGUGGUGAAUCGGGCUCAGAAGCGGCAGGUUCAGAUACUUUUGAAGGAUGUUCACUCAAACGCUAUGUGAUGCAAUCAGUUUCAAAUAACAUUGUCUCCUUCCGGAUCCAUGCACCGACAUUUGGUCAAUUUAUAAUGGACAUUUUUGCCAAUGCAACAACACCUCGAGAAUAUCUUACCGGUGAACCAAUGAAAUUUAAAUCUGUUUGCAAGUUCAAGAUAAUCUGUUCCCGUUUAGAUACAGUAAUGGUACCACUGCCCGAUUGUGCCUCCGGUGAAUGGGGACCCAUGAAAGCGACCCGACUUUUUGGCCUGAUCGCUUUAACCCAUCAAGAGGCAUUAAUCUUCGCCUCUGGUCCAACCUUGGAAAUUCAAUUUCGAAUGUCUCGACCAUUAACCGAUUUUAUGGCCUCACUUCAUAAAAACGGAGUCGAAGAAAAGAAACUUUUAAAAUAUGUGUCAACUCACGUACAAGACGAUAUUGUGACCUUUUUCUGUAAAUUCUCGGACGAUGGUCAAUAUGGUUUGGACAUUUACACGAGAGAAGUUAAUUUAGGUGAAAGAGAAUCUCGAUCAAAUGGUUCGGCAAAUGGACAUCACCAUGAGAAACAAUUUCUCACCCAUUGUUGCAAAUAUUUGAUCAACGUUAACACCAAACGAAUUUAAAUUGUUAACAACAAUUAACAAUUUUCGUAAAUUGAAUAUAAACUUCAUCGAUUUCCAUUAAAUUUACUCAACAAAGAUUAAUGGUCAUUCAUACAAACACUUAAACCUCACCAAUAGUCAUUAACAAGUAAUUAUUGGACAUUUAAUUACUACCAAUUGUUCAACAAUUAAUCAUUUAAUCACCAAAAGCUCAAUGAUUAGAUGUUGUAAAUUAAUUUUUCCUUCCCAUCACCAACAAUCAACGAAACACAAUUAAUGCAAUCAAAGACUAUCUUGAAUUUUUUUUGAUAACAUUUUUUUUUUAAUUAUAAUGAAUUGAUAAUUUUCAUUAUAAUUGUUUACUUAUCUUGUUUAAUUGUCGUCUAAAUCAACUUUUAAUCAACGUCUUAAUUUUUACCCACUAAUUGUAAAUGUAUUAUUUUAGAUACAAGGAGACAAUCAACUUGUUGAAUCUUAAUUGUUUUUUUUUCAUUGUAUCGAACUUUUCAAUUCUUGUAAAAUCAAUCAAUUGUUGUUGCUAUUAAUUGUUAGUACUUUAAUCACCUUCUAUAAUCACUUAAAUGAUUAACGUAUCGCCCGUAACACAAUAAAAAAUUGUUCAAAAUUUAAUUGCCCAAAAUUUGGUCACUAAAUUGUUACAAUCAAAACAAAAAGCAUAACAUUAACUUUUUUUUGUUACUUUAAUUGACCUUAAUUUGUUUUUCUGAUCAAUUUUAUCCGCUCGUUAUUAGAUUACAAUGGAAAAUAAUUAAACAAUUAGUUAAUUCUUACCUUAA